AACUAUAAUGAGCGUAAAAUCAUCUAUUCUCGGUUUCCCACGUAUUGGUGAAAACAGAGAGAUCAAAAAGUCUGUCGAAGCCUACUGGGGUGGAAAAUCUACCGCAGAAGACGUUAUCAAGACUGGUAAAGAUGUCAGAGUACAAAACUGGCAAUACAUGAAGAACGCUGGUAUCAAUGACGUUCCAUCAGGUGAUUUCACCUUCUACGACCAUGUCUUAGACCACAUUCAAUUCCUUGGUGCAACCCCAGAGCGUUACGCCCGCCACAACCUCUCAGAACUCGACACUUUCUUCGCUAUGGGUCGUGGUCGUCAAGUUGGCUCAGUUGACGAAGCCGCUAUGGAAAUGAAGAAGUGGUUCGACUCAAACUACCACUACAUCGUCCCUGAACUCUCAGAAAACACCAAGUUCGCAUACGGUACCAAGAAGAUCGUUAACGAGUACAUUGAAGCCAAGGAGGCUGGUGUUGAAACUCGUCCAGUUCUUCUCGGUCCAAUCUCCUUCCUUGUUCUUGGUAAGGCUGGCCGUGAUGCUUCAGCUGGUUUCGAACCAAUUAGCAUCCUCGACAAGCUUGUUCCAGUCUACGAGCAAAUACUUAAGGACCUCAAGGCUGCAGGUGCUCAAUCAGUUCAAAUCGAUGAGCCAAUCCUCGUUCUCGACAAGGCUGCUCCACUCGCUGCUCAAUUCAAGUCAACCUACGAAAAGCUCGGCUCAGCUGGUCCAGCUGUCACCAUCGCUUCAUACUACGGUCGCUUAGACUCUAACCUCGAAUACGUCAAGGAACUCCCAGUCGCCGCCAUCCACGUCGAUCUCGACCGUGAACCAGGUCAACUUGAUGCUCUCAUUGCUGCUGUCAAAGACAAGAAGACUGCUGUUUCACUUGGUGUUGUUUCAGGUCGUAACAUCUGGAAGACUGACCUCGAAGCCGGUCAAGCUCACGUCAAGAAGGCUGUUGAAGCACUUGGCGCUGACAGAGUUAUCGUUGCCUCAUCAUCUUCAUUGCUCCACACUCCAGUUGACUUGAACUCAGAGAAGAAGCUCAACGCUGACGUCAAGGACUGGUUCUCCUUCGCUAGACAAAAAGUCAACGAAAUUGCCCUCCUCGGUCGUGCAUCAAACGCUCAAAUCUCAUCAGAAGACCAAACUGCUUUGGCUGAGAACAAGGCUUCCAUCAAGCGUCGUCGUGACUUCGAAACUCAAUCAAACGAUGCUGUUCGUCAACGUGUUGCCAACAUCACCCCAGAAAUGUUGAAGAGAAAGAACCCAUUCCCAGCUCGUCGUGAAGCUCAACGUACCAAGAUCAACUUACCAAAGUUCCCAACUACCACCAUUGGUUCAUUCCCACAAACUAAGGAAAUCCGUGUUGCUCGUCAACGUUUCACCAAGGGUGAAAUCUCACAACAAGAAUACGAUGACUUCAUUGCUAAGGAAAUCAGAGAAGUUGUCAAGAUUCAAGAGGACGCUGGUUUGGACUUGCUUGUCCACGGUGAACCAGAACGUAACGACAUGGUUCAAUACUUCGGUGAACAAUUAGAAGGUGUUGCUUUCACCACCGCCGGUUGGGUUCAAUCAUACGGUUCACGUUACGUCCGUCCACCAAUCAUCGUCUCAGAUGUUUCAAGACCAGCACCAAUGACCGUUAGAUGGUCAAAGUACUCACAAGAAGUCACCUCAAAGCCAAUGAAGGGUAUGCUUACUGGUCCAGUCACUAUCCUUGCAUGGUCAUUCCCACGUGCUGAUGUCACUAAGGAAAUCCAAUCAAAGCAAAUUGCUUUGGCUUUACGUGAUGAAGUUGUUGACCUCGAGAAGGCUGGUAUUAAGGCCAUCCAAGUCGAUGAACCAGCUAUCAGAGAAGGUAUGCCAUUGAGACAAGGUGAUUGGGCACCAUACCUCCAAUGGGCUGUCGACUCAUUCAGAUUAACCACCUCUGGUGUUGAAGAUGGUACUCAAACCCACUCUCACUUCUGUUACUCUGACUUCAACGAUAUCUUCGACUCAAUCAAGGCACUCGAUGCUGAUGUCAUUUCAAUUGAAGCAUCCAAGUCUGACAUGAAACUCUUGAAGGCCUUCCAAGACAAUGACUACACCAACCAAAUUGGUCCAGGUGUAUGGGAUAUUCACUCACCACGUGUUCCACCACUCGAGGAAAUGAAGCAACGUAUCGCUGACAUGCUUAAGUUGAUUCCAUCAGAUCUUUUGGUCGUUAACCCAGACUGUGGUUUAAAGACACGUAAAUGGGAAGAAACCAAAGCUAGCAUCCACAACCUUGUCAACGCUGCCAAGUGGGCUAGAGAAAACUUCUAGACGCAUAAACGCAACCUUCAACAGACGCAUAUAUCACAAUUCACCUUGUACUUUUU